UGGCAACACAUGCGUGUCUAUGAUAGGCAGUUACAGAGAUUUUCUUCACAGACUCUGGCUCGAAAGCAACACUGACAACAUCUCAAUGGGGCUUUUACAUGGAUAACACCAUUUAAUUUGUGCCCUGGACUUUGACAAACUGUGGACGUGAACACGGAAUAGUUUCAUACUUCAUUACCUUUGGAUUUGACAUUUGCUGCAAAUUGCUUUAGUGGACGAUGACUUCCAGAAGGCCAAUGACUCGCUCUUACUCUGCUAAUGGGAGGACAAGCAGCUUCAGUGAAGAGGAGGGCAGCUCUUCCAAUGGCCGCACAGAAAGCCGCAAUCCUUACCUCUCAAAUGUUAGGCCUGAAAACAGGAGCACAUUGUGCAGCGUCAUGGCUCAGCUGACUGAGGAUACACAGCCGUCCUUUGAGACCACCUUGAAAUCAAAGGCAGUGUCGGAAAACUGUAAUGUGAAGUUCAACUGUGUGGUGUCAGGUUACCCAGCUCCAGAACUUAAAUGGUAUAAAGAUGAUAUGGAAAUGGACCGGUAUUGUGGACUUCCAAAAUAUGAAAUUCAUCGUAAUGGAAAAACCCACACCCUCCAUAUUUACAACUGCACAUUGGAUGAUGCAGCCAUCUAUCAGGUCUCAGCCAGCAAUAGCAAAGGAAUUGUCUCCUGUUCGGGAGUUUUGGAGGUUGGCACCAUGAACGAGUUCAAGAUCCACCAGAGGUUCUUUGCCAAGCUGAAGCAGAAAGCAGACAAGAAGAAGAAAGAUCAGGAGGAGCAGACCAAGAAGGUGGAUAAAGAAAACAUUCAGAAAGAGAAACCGCAGUGUAGCCCAGAACGUCCUCAAAGGAAGCGGCACAUCCCACCACCAGAGGAGAGGCCAGCGGUCAAGGAACCGGAGGCUGUGGAACUACUGGGAGCUGCUGCAGUACCUAAUGGUAUUAGCGCUGAAGUCAAGGAAACAGCCCCUAUGACAUCCAAAGACCUGGAGAAGGAGAUAUCGCCAGUUGAGGAAACCAUGGCCAAAAAGAAAAUAAAGAUCUUAAAUUGUGUAGAUUCUGGGGGUAGCAGCAACGACAGCAGCAGUGGCAGAAGCCAUAUGAUGGGAAAUGGAGGGGAAAACUGUUAUGAUGGAGGAAUUGGUCUGGCACAAUUUCUGGCAGAGACUCUCCAGUCCCAGGCUGCUGAGGAGAAACAGAACUCAUCUCGAGGGGAGAAACCUAAAGAGAUGGAUAUACCUAUUGUAAGUGCCAGCAGAGAGAAAGAGAGAGAGCAAGAGGGGAUGCAAGACGUGAAGGAAGAACAAGAAAAAGCACUUGAGGGAGAGUAUGAGAGAGAGAAAAGGAGAGAAGAAGAAUUGGCCAUAGAGAGGGAGAAAGAAAGGGAAAGGCAGAUGGAGAGAGAUACAGUACCCUACACAAAACAUGGUUCCGGAGUCAAACAUCACAGCAAGGCUCAUAAGGAUCACGACCACCACAACAUCCAGGCUUCCAUCUCCUCUGUGCUCCACACAGUCAAAGACUUCUUCUUUGGUAAGAGCAGGAAGGACUCUCAUGAUCACAUUGAGAACAAGGAGAGAGAGUUUGACCACUCGCCUGCCUCAACGCCGCCAUCAUUUCGGCUGCAACCAGAGCAUAAUCAAGUGUGCAAGCCUCUAACGGAGGACAUUGUGCCUAUGGAAAUAGAUACACAGAAGGAGCCUUCAGAAACUAUUGCUACAGAACAACAGUCAGUGUCACUGAAGCCACAUGAAUAUAAGCAUGAAGACAGACACACAGACCUGCCACCAGCUAAUAAAUUGCCACCUGAGAGCAUAGAGGAGUCCACAGGUCAGAGUGUCAAGGCAGCCGAUGCUGUGGAGAAAAUAGAGGUGUCUGUGGGGCCAGAGAGCAACGGUCCAGGUGAAGAAAUGUCAUUGUCUGGGCUUCAAGUUCUCACUGAGGCUGAAGAGGAAGACUCUCAGAUAGCAGCAGUUAUCAAAGAGGUUCCAAUAAACCAGCAAGAUUGCCUCAUAGUUUCACCACAGUCUAAUUACCAGGCUGCAAGAGAUGAAUCUUUACUCAGGGAAGAAAUAUCUGUCCUGCUACACACCCACGGCCCUUAUGAAGAGGAAUUUUCCCCCGCAGCCACCCUCACUUGUUUGGAAGAAUGCUGGACUUCCCCUCACAAUCUUAUCUUAGCGUCAAACAGCCACAGCCUUGGAGAAGCACCCACUGAAACUUUACGAGAAGAGAAGAUGAGUGUUGAUAGGAUGGGCAAAGAGGAGGGCCAUUCUUCCAAUAAGAUAUGUGAGAAAGCUGAAGUGAAAUCAAAGAAACAGCCGUGCUCAGAUAUAAACAGAUCUGAGAAUAUUGAAUUAACAACAUGUUCACUGGAAGAAAGAAUAGAGCCAUGUCAAUCUAAAACGCCAGAUCAGGUGCUUUUGCUUCUGCCUGCUGUGGCAACAUACAGUGUAGAGAGAGAUCAUGUAAAUGAACAUACUGAAUGUACUUCACUGAUUCAGGAAAUGAAUGUAGGAUGUCCGCCCACUGCAGUGGCGGAGAGUUUAGAGAAGGGUGACCUAAAAAUACAGCAAGAAUGCACUCCUUCUAUAGUAGAGGAAAGCCGUGAACUCCACAAUGUUAGUUCAAACACAGGUUUUAGAAGCGGUGAAGAGGAAAGCAAAUUGAAAGAGGUAUUGAUUUCUGCUUUAGAUUUAGAAGUUAACCCUUGUAACAAUCUAAAAACACAGGUGAUUUUAGAAGGUGAGAGCACUGAAGUAAAAAACGAGAGUUUACAGUUUGAGGUGGAGACAGAAAACAGAAAUCCAGUAAAAGUAGAGGAGUUAGAUGAAUCGAAGAGCCUCUCAGUAACACAAAACAAGAAAGGUAAUGCCUAUGUUUUGGAGGAACACAGUAAUGUUGCACAUCAAGACAACAGUGAGAGACAGCAGGGUUGGCCCUCUGUGAAUAUCCCACAAAUCCAAAUAUCUAAAAUUGAAGACACCCCAGAUAUUAAACCAACUGUUGCAGGUGUAAACCCAAAUGAACAUUUUAUAAUCCCAAAAAUUGAAAUAAUGGAGCCUGAGUUCAAAGAGUGCACUCUCCCUCUAACUAUUUUGGCACUAAACAAGCAAGAAUCAGGGCCUGCUACUUUGCAACAACAUGAUGCAACUCAUGUGUCUGAGGUAAUAAUCCAAGACCAGGGUGUGGCUGAUUCUCCAGGCUUGCAGAAUGAUAACAACCUCUUACUUACAGAGAAAGUAAAGGAAGUUACACAAUUAGAUGACGAGACAAAAAUGAUCAAGCGGGAGCCGCCACGCAUGAAAAGCAGUGAACAGCUCCCUCAGAUGGACUAUGCAUCAAUUCCUGUUAUAAAUGUUUCAUGCACUGAUGACAAGGAGGAUGAUGCAUUCGUAAACACCCAUAUUUCAGAUACACAGCAGCCUUCUGAAAUUCCAUCGGUGCCUUUGUUUGUGGUGCCACCAAUCUCUGUCACUUGUCAUGAAAGUGAUUCUGUACUCAGUCUGCCCACUCAAAGUGAGUUGACAGAAACUGAAACUUCAGCUGUCGCACAGAGAGGAACAAAGCAUGAUGCGGACAACACUAUGUCUGGAGAAACUCAAAGUACAAAACAGAACCUAGAAGAAAUGGCAGAAAAUAGUAUAAAAGAUAAAACUCCUGCUUUGCUAUUUGAAGCUCUAAUAACAAAGGUUGGUGACAAUGUGCCAUCAUUAAGUAAAACAACAGAUGACAACAUUGUCCCUGAAGUCUUGAAGACAAAAUCCCUUAAAGAGGCCAAGAUAGAGAAUUCUGUGUCUGUUGAGGACCUCCAAAGAAACAGAUCAUCUGUUGAGAGACUCUGCGCUAAACCCCCGGCCCAUCCAUCACUGAGUCCAGCCAGUCUCCGCAAAUUCAUGUCCAAAGCUGCUGCAGACUCAGACGUAGGCCUAAUCGCUGUGGGUGACCGUCAGAAUGAAAAAGCAGACGAAACUCUGAGUGGAAACUCAACACCAACGUCAUCCCUCUCCUGUGAGAGCAGUCCCCGUCUGAAGCGCAGAGACAGUCUGUCGCUGAUACGCUCUGCCACACCUGAGGAGUUGGCCUCCGGAGCUCGUCGCAAAAUCUUCAUCCCAAAAACAAAAGAAGAUGGAGAGGGAGCAGUGGUUGGUGCGCUAGAUACUCAAGGCAAGAAGGAGACCCCCUACAUGUCACCCAGCCAGGCUCGCAGAGCAGCAUUACUACAAGCCCCCACGGGACAAAAUACCCCACCAAUGGAGAGGCGCUCUCCGCUCUUAAGCCGCAGAAAGGCCCCCUUGGAGGUUCCAAAAGUUGCAGAGGAGACUCCCACAGAAGAGCCAGUCAGCACCAAACAAGAGGAGAAACCAGCUGAAAAGGAGCUAAACCCUUUGAAAGUUUUCCCCAAAACUAAAGAAGAUGGAGAGGGAGCAGUGGUUGGUGCACUAGAUACUCAAGGCAAGAAGGAGACCCCCUACAUGUCACCCAGUCAGGCUCGCAGAGCAGCAUUACUACAAGCCCCCACGGGACAAAAUACCCCACCAAUGGAGAGGCGCUCUCCGCUGCUAAGCCGCAGAAAGGCCACCUUGGAGGUUCCAAAAGUCGCAGAGGAGACUCCCACAGAAGCGCCAUUGAGCACCAAACAAGAGGAGAAACCAGCUGAAAAGAAGCUAGACCCUUUGAAAGCUCCACAGGUCAUCCGUAAGAUCAGGGGAGAGCCGUUCCCGGAUGCCUCCGGACACCUGAAGCUGUGGUGCCAGUUUUUCAACGUGCUCAGUGACUCCACUAUUAAGUGGUACAGAGAUGAGGAGGAAAUUCUAGAGGUGAAGAGAAGUGGAGGAGAUGAAAGCCAAGUAGCACUGGCUGUGGUUCUAGCAUCCAGCUUUGACUGUGGAGUAUAUGGCUGUACGAUCAAUAAUGAAUAUGGGACUGACACCACUGACUUCCUGCUCAGCGUAGACGUUUUGUCUGAGAUACUACUAAAAGAUGAUUUGGAAGUUGGAGAGGAGAUCGAGAUGACCCCGCUGCUGUUCAGUAAAGGCCUGGCCGACUGUGGCAGCUGGGGUGAAAAGUACUUUGGCCGCAUCAUGACCGAGACGGUGCACCUCGGGGAGGGCUGCGCUCACAAAGCCAGCAGAGUGAAGGUCAUUUACGGCCUGGAUCCCGUCUUUGAGUCUGGAAGCGCCUGCAUCAUCAAAGUUCAAAGCCCCAUCCCCUACGGGACCACACAGGAGAGCAACCUCACAGAGAGAAAUCUACAGAUAACUAAGCAAGAAUGCAAAGUCCAAAACAUGAUUCGAGAAUACUGUAAAAUCUUUUCGGCUGAAGGAAGAGUUAUUGAGAGCUUUGGCUUUUCACUAGAAGUGAUACCUCAGUAUCUGAUUUACCGGCCGGCAAACUCUGUGCCAUAUGCUACAGUGGAGGCUGAUCUUAAGGGUGUCUUCUUUAAGUACUGUAUGAUGGAUCCUAAAGGCAGGCUGAUUACACGAACCAUGUCGGAGGUGGAGCAGAAAUGCAGCACCUUCCAGCAUUGGAUCCAUCAGUGGACGCAUGGCAAUUUGCUGGUCACUCGGCUGGAGGGUGUUGAAACAAAGAUUACAAAUGUUAGAGUUGUGACCAAGUCAAAAGGAUACCAAGGACUAACAGAACAUGGCUCUCCUGAAGUGUUUGAACCGUUUCUGACACACCAUCAGUGCAACUACUACUGUGGACUUCUUGGCCUGCGCUCACUUAAGACUAUGGAUAGUCUGCAGCAACCAACCAAGAUGAAGGGCUCCAAGAGCCCCCUGCUCAACCGCAAAUUGGGCUCUAACAGCCCACAGCUGCAGCGGAAAGGACACAGCCCUCAGAUGUCUAGAAAGGCUUCUUCUAGCCCAAAGGUGACUAGAAAAGUUCAGGAGACAGAGGACAAUAAAUCAGGUGCCAAACCCAACCCUGCAGAAAUUGUUGAUGUUCUUGAAAUGAGGUAGGAAGAAGCACCUCAACUGUGCCAAGCAAAAUUGUAUUGCUUUUAAUGGUUUAGUAUUACCUGUUUCUUUCCAGUUACCAAAACCAGCAAGGACUUGAAGAGCGAGAUAAUAAGAAAAGGAAUAGUUUGUUGACCUGACUUGUCAUAAAGAAUUACUGUGAACUUCUCAGUCGCCAUUACAAUUACAGUAGGAGA